AUGAACUUGAGAGACCCGCGCGACAUUCUUACGUCCGAGGACGAGAUGGCAUCUUUCGACUUAUCCAACGAAAUCACCCACGGCUGGAAUCCUCAAGCUACGUCACCCAUAGGUGGAGGAGAUGCAUGGAUGAAAGGCGGCGCAACAGAUCACAGUUAUGCCUUUUAUCAGGACAACCGUGAUUUCGUGCAGGCCACGAACGACCCGCAGGAGCUUGGCAACCCAAUCAUCGAUUGGGCUACCCUUGUCACCAACAACGCCCAGGACGCCCCUCUUGGAGAUACCAGCGGAUUCGACCAUGCCAUUGACUGGACCCUGUCCAGUGCCGUUGAUCCCCCGCUAGACAACAGCUUCUUUCUGAACACGGGGGCAACUCACCAGUACAACACUGCCCUGAAUCCAUCUACGUACCCGGGAGUACUCUCUGGUUAUACCUACCCUGUCAUCGCUCCGGCUGCUACAAACCCUCUUGCACCACCAAAUGCAUCUUCUGGUGCGCAUGUCGGCGCCCAGCACCGUAUUAUCGACACCCGCAUCCGUUGCACCGCACCUGGAUGCAGCAAGACUUUCCGCCGUGUUGGCGAUUGCCGCCGCCACAUGCGCAAGCAUCAAGCUCCUAAGCUGAUCUGCAUCGUCGAAGGAUGCGACAUGAAGUUUACACGUCUGGACAAAGUUCGCGAUCACCUUCGCCAGGGCCACAAGAUUGUCUUGUAG